AUGGCAUCGGAGAGUGGUAGAGAAGACUCCGGAAGUGAUGACGAGGAGAUAAUUACAGUUAGUGGAAUGCUGGAGGAAAACUAUGUGUCCAAUCUAUUGCCUAUGUCCGUCAUCAGAAAUGCAAAAUGGCUACAGCCAUCUCUCAAACUGAGACGUUUAGAUGAACGGACGCCUAUCAAUAAAGUAGAUGAUGAGUGUAUCGAUGAUGACGUUGAUGGGUUCGAGGAGGACGUGGAGGACGAGGACGAUGAAAGGACACCUCCCGAUGACGAUGAAGACGAGGACAAGGAUAAGGAGGACGUGGAGGACGAGGACGAUGAAUUGACACAUGAUGACGAUGAAGACGAGGAGGACAAGGAUAAGGAGGAC